AUGGACGGAGACGGUGAACCAGAGAGCUUGGGCCAGCCGGAGGAGGUGAGCCCGGAGGGGCAGCAGGAGGAAGCCGGCGCGGAGGAGGCGAGCGCCGGGGAGGAGCGGCCCGAGGAGGAGGAGGAGGAGGAGGCGGCGGCGUACCUGGAGGAGCUGCCCGAGCCGCUGCUGCUGCGCGUGCUGGCCGAGCUGCCGGCAGCCGAGCUGGUGCAGGCCUGCCGCCUGGUGUGCCUGCGCUGGAAGGAGCUGGUGGACGGCGCCCCCCUCUGGCUGCUCAAGUGUCAGCAGGAGGGGCUGGUGCCCGAGGGCGGCGCCGAGGACGAGCGCGACCACUGGCAGCAGUUUUACUUCCUGAGCAAGCGGCGGCGCAACCUUCUGCGCAACCCGUGCGGGGCAGAGGACCUGGAGGGCUGGUGCGACGUGGAGCACGGAGGGGACGGCUGGAGGGUGGAGGACCUGCCCGGAGACUGUGGGGUGGAAUUCAUCCACGACGAGAGCGUCAAGAAGUACUUCGCCUCCUCCUUUGAGUAA